AUGGCUUCCACUACCAAGCGUGCCGACUUUGAAGCUAUCUACCCUGCGCUGGCUCAGGAUAUCCUGGCCCAUGCGAAGCGGUACAACCUCCCUGCCAAUGCUGUCGAGUGGUUUGAGAAAUCUCUCAAUGCCAAUGUCCCCGGCGGCAAGCUGAACCGCGGCCUCUCGGUCCCCGAUACCGGCCUCGCUCUCCUGAAGAAGCCCCUGACCGAUGACCAAUUCGAGCACUUGAGCAUCCUGGGCUGGCUCACUGAGUUGCUGCAGGCCUUCUUUCUUGUCAGCGAUGAUAUUAUGGACAGCUCUAUCACUCGUCGUGGUCAACCCUGCUGGUACCGCCAAGAUAAGGUUGGCCUGAUCGCCAUCAACGACGCCUUUAUGCUGGAGUCGGCGAUCUACAUGAUCCUAAAACAGCGCUUCCGUUCCCACCCUGCCUACAUCGAUCUUGUUGAACUUUUCCACGAAACCACCUGGCAAACCGAGCUGGGUCAGCUGUGUGAUCUGAUCACUGCGCCCGAGGAUAACGUCAACCUCGACAACUUCUCCAUGGAGAAGUACAUGUUUAUUGUCACCUACAAGACCGCCUACUACAGCUUCUACCUCCCUGUGGCUCUGGCCCUGCUCUACCUGCAACUUGCGACCCCCGAGACCUUGAAGCAGGCGCACGACAUCCUCAUUCCGCUGGGCCAAUACUUCCAGAUCCAGGACGACUACCUCGACAACUUCGGUGACCCCUCAAUCAUUGGCAAAAUUGGUACCGACAUUCAGGACAACAAGUGCUCAUGGCUGGUCAACCAGGCCAUCCAGCGCUGCACCCCGGAGCAACGUGCGGUGCUCGACUCCGCAUAUGGCCGCAAGGACAAGGAGCAAGAAGCCAAGGUCAAGAAGAUCUUUAACGAACUUGAGCUGGAGAAGUUGUACAAGGAUUACGAGGAGAAGGUGGUCGGCGAGCUGCGCACCAAGAUUGCUGCUGUGGAUGAGACUACCGGCCUGAAGAAGGAGGUCUUUGAGUCUUUCUUGGCCAAGAUCUACAAGCGUACCAAAUAG